AUGGUUCCUGUGGCACAACAAGCGGCUUUAGAUAAGGCGGCUGCUGAUUUAACGACAGGGUGUUUAUCUCCCGCCAAGGGAGAUAAAAAUUGCUCCAGCUUGUUGCAGUCAAGCUCCCGUCUGAACCUCAGCCGCCGAACCGCAGGAAGAAGGGAAGGCCAGUGCGGGAAAGAGAAAAAGAAAACCAUGUUCCUAGAUAUGCCGCUCGGGAUAGGAAAUACACACCGGAAAUUUUCGUUUUCCAGGCUAGACGAGAAUCUUCCCUUCUCCCAUACCUAUUUUCUUUUCGGGGUAUGGCAUUUAACCUUCUACCUCAUACCAUUCGAUGCUUUUAUCGAUCGCCCACUUGUCAACCUGAGCUUGCUCAAUUCCAAUGAUUCGGCAAAUGCCGUAGACGGAACGACCAAUUGCAAGACCUCCCGUUUACCCCGGCCCGCAAAUAAGCAAACCAUUCAGUAUGUUAUUGGCCAUACGCUGGUUCCAUGGCCGACAAGCUUUUGGCCAUGCUCUGGCCCGACGCCACGCGCUCAUGAGACAACGGCGUUCUAUGCCAUUGUGAGCGCGGCCAAGCUGUCAAGAAGUUGGUGGUGGAAAAGAGCGCGUCGGUUUUGCAUAUCAGCCACCUGCAGGAUUAUUUCUUCCAUGAUUCAGCAUGCUGACUACGUCACACGAAAUGUGGUGUCUCGUGCAAAGUUCCUCUCCCCAUUGCUCGGGGCGCGAGCUCUAACAUUGGAUGCUGCUGGUCUCAUAGUCCUGCUGCUUCUAGUAUUUCACCGACAGUUUUCGCAUCGUCAUAUAGCUAUGAUUCUCGUUUCUCGCCUUGAAUACUUCGUGUUCGUGUUCCUCGGGAACAUCAGAUCCAUCGAUCUCCUUGUUCUGAUCUCAGACAUUUUCUCUGACCUUGACUCCCAAUCGCAAGUGCGAAUCCGAGCAUGCAUGUUACCGGUCUCUAAAAUGUUAGAGAAAUGGAAAUGCCAUGAUAAGGAAAUUGUGCCGUCGAAUGAGCAUUUCCUUAUCUCACAGAUGAUCCGAAACGGUCCGAGCGGCCGGUACGCGGCUCAGGAAAAGCGGCGCAGCCAUGCCGUUAGCCCAAAAGGUGCAUGUGAAUGGACACGCCAUGGCUUUGGAUCCCGUCUCUCCUCUACAAUGGCGCUUGAUCCGAUUGUGUUGAUAGGGAUGAAAUGGUCUAUUACCCUGUUGAGCUAUCGAAGACCAACAUCUGCAUAUCCACGCCCUAACUUAUCUGCAUGCCAGGUUCUCCUUCCGGAUGCAGUUCCAUUGCGGUCAGAGCAAGAGUUUGCUACUCCUAAUGGAGAAAUUACCCCUGGACAUUACUGCCAACCCAAAGCUGCAGUAAGGAGUAAACUCCUUGGCUUGAGAGUGAACUCAUUUGUCCGCCUACCCAUGCCGCCAUUUCUCCUGGAUGUCAUUUCCCGUAUCUUUCGUGAGCAGAGCCCCAUACUUCCAAUAGCCAUCAUCAGGCUGAACCGCCUGUUCGACAUGAGUAUCGACAUCGAGAGCACUGACAAUAUUGAGCGAGUUCUCAGGAUGGACCCCGGAGUUCACAGGUACUCUGUUGAGUUCUGA